AUGGAGCUCUCCAAAGCUCCAGACUCAGCAGCCCUGACCUUCCCAGACCCUGCAGUCAUGAGCUCUGAUGUGGAGAUGGCCGUUUUUGGAGAAGCAGCUCCCUACCUGCGGAAAUCAGAGAAGGAGAGAAUCGAGCCUCCAAAUCACCCAUUUGAUUCUAAGAAAGCUUGCUUUGCAGUGGAUGAUAAGGAAUUCACAUGCCUGAUAAAUAGCAAGAAAAAACUGGAAGCUGGCACAGCCCAGCGCCAGGCAGAGGUGGAGAGCCCUAUCCAGGAGUCCAGAAUUGCAGAGGAGGAGGCCAAGAAGGCCAUCACGGAUGCGGCCAUGAUGGCCGAGGAGCUGAAGAAGGCGCAGGACACAAGCGCCCACCUGGAGCGGAUGAAGAAGAACCUGGAGCAGACGGUGAAGGAGCUGCGGCAGCGGCUGGACGAGGCUGAGCAGCUGGCCCUGAAAGGCGGGAGGAAGCAGAUCCAGAAGCUGGAGGCGCGGGUGGGCGGGCUAGAGGCUGAGCAGAGGAGGGGAGCCGAGGCCCUGAAGGGCGCGCACAGAUACGAACGGAAGGUCAAGGAAAUGACUUACCAGGCCGAGGAGGACCGCAAGAGCAUACUCAGGCUCCAGGACCUGGUGGACAAGCUGCAGGCCAAAGUGAAGGCUUCCAGGAAGCAGGCGGAGGAGGCCGAGGAGCAGGCCAACACGCAGCUGUCCAGGUGCCGGCGGGUCCAGCACAAGCUGGAGGAGGCCAAGGAACGGGCAGACAUCGCCGAGUCCCAGGUCAACAAGCUGCGGGCCAAGAGCCGAGACGUGGGGCCCAGAAGAUGGAAGAAUGAGCCCUUCGCAAUGCCCGUUGCCAUGGGACACCUCGGGGAAAACGGAGAGAAGGUGUCGUGA